AUGAGGAAGGGUACUAAGAGGAAGACAACUCACAAGGACGAGGCACCGACACAGCCGGCUGAGGAGCCGAAGAACGACCCGAGCCAAUCGGUUCAGGAGAGCAAGGAUGGGCCGCCAGAGGAGAACCACGUAGAACAACCGGAAAGGGAGGAACCCAUCCAGAAAGACGAGGCGGAGAAGAAAGUUCAGGAGGAACCGACUAAGAAAGCGGCCACGGGAAAAGCUAAGCGAGCUAAAACUGCUAAGCCUGAGGCCGAACCUCAGUAUUUUUCAGAGAAGCGUAAUUUGGAAGACCUAUGGCAACAGGUUUUUCCAGUUGGUACAGAGUGGGAUCAAUUGGACACGGUGUAUCAGUACAGUUGGAAUUUCUCUAAUCUGGAAGACGCAUUUGAAGAAGGUGGAGAAUUAUAUAAUCAAAAAGUCUACCUCUUUGGCUGUACAGAGCCGCAAUUGGUCUCUUUCCAAGGUCAAGGGAAAGUUACAAUGAUCCCUGUUGUGGUUGCUGUGGUAUCUCCUUUUCCUCCUUCAGACAAAAUUGGAAUUAAAUCAGUACAGAGGGAGACAGAAGAAAUUGUUCCUAUGAAGCAGAUGAAAAUGGAUUGGGUUCCAUACAUCCCACUGGGAAAUAGGGAUUCUCAAGUUGAAAGACUUAAAUCUCCAAUUUUUAUUUUGAGCUGUACCCAGAGAAGGGCUGGUCUAAAACAUUUGAAGUUGGAGCGUGUGAAAAAGUUUGAGUACUGCUUACCUUACUUCUACCAUCCCCUUCAGGAAGAUGAACUUGAACAGAGCACAAUAGUGCAAAUUUUAUUUCCAAUAGAUCCGAAGCCGGUUUUCUGUGAGUUUGAUUGGGAACUUGAUGAACUUGAGGAGUUCACGGAUAAACUUAUUGAGGAAGAGGAGGUGGCUGCAGAUCAAAAGGAUGCCUUUAAGGAUUUUGUUAAGGAGAAAGUCCGAGAAGCCAAAAAAGCUAAUCGUGAGGCAAGGGAAGCUCGCAAAAAGGUGUUGGAAGAAAUGAGUGGAGACACUAAGGCUGCAUUUGAAAAUAUGAAAUUCUACAAGUUUUAUCCUGUGCCUUCACCUGACACUCCUGAUGUAUCUAGUGUCAAGUCUGCCUUCAUCAACAGAUACUAUGGGAAGGCUCACAAGAUUUUAGCUCUGGAGAGGAAUGGAGCUGCACAAACAAGGAGGGAUUUUUUCAUGAUCCGGCUUACAUUCGCUAUAGGAAGGAAUCGUUCUGGCUCCUUGCUAUCCGAGAUGUUACCGGACAAUGGACUGUCCCCCGGACUGUUUUGGAUUCGUUUUCCUGUCAUUGGGAAGAAAUAG